AUGUUCACCUAAAAAGAAAAAUCUAAAUUUGAAGUCAAAGAAUAGUUUAUAAAUUCAAUCCUUAACCUCUAUCAUAGCAUCAAAGUGAAAAAAUUUGUAUUAAGUGGCUUUUAUUUUUUAGGAUUACUCCAACCGAUGCUCUUCUAAAAUUUUCACAACAACUAAAAUCCACAAUUUAAUGAGUAAAUACAAACACCAAUUAAUUAAUUUUGGUAUUUAGAAGUGAUUGCUCGGCCUGAUUUAAUUAUUUCUACAAAUACUCCUGAGUUUGAAUACUUGAUACCUUUGACCUUAACCAUAAUGUUCAAUGUGAUUCCUCUGAUUCUGUUAGUUGAAUAGAAGCGUAGUGAUGAUUCUAAAAGAAAAAGGAGCAAACUCUUACCUUAUAUAAAUUUAAGUUCGAUGGUUUUUUAACUACAACCAAUCUACUUAUAGAUUCCAUUUUGUUCCUUAUGUUUCAAGUCCUUGGCAUUUAAUUUUGAUUAGAGUCUCAAUAUCGAGAGUAAUUACAUAAACAUAAUAUUUGCAAUAAUCACCUUGAUAUUGUUAUGUUCAUUAAAUUUUUUGACCUUCCUCCUUUGCAGAGAAUCAAUAGAUUUUGAUUUAAACAGUUUUUUAACAUUAAAACUGAGCUUUAUUGAUUUCGUUAUUUGGAUUACUACCCUUUUUCAAAUUAUAGUUUAUUACCAUAUACCUAAAUUUAAUGAAUCCAUUUAAGCAAUACUCUUAUUACUAAUAUCCUUAAUGAUACUAAUUAAUAUGUUUAGCCUAAUAACUUGUUUAAACAACAUAAUAUUCAUAUCAAUUACAUUUGCUUCGUACUAAUUUAUUCAAUCUAUCCUGAUAUUAACCAAUCUUUAAGUGAAUAUCUCUUUAUAUAUCAAUGUUUUGCUGUAUAUUUUGGUUCCUUUGCUUAAUUAUUUAUUAGUAAAAGUUCACCACUCAUAUGAUUUUAAGAUCUCAACAAAUGCAACUUAGUUUUAAAAUUGCUCAUUGCAAAUAUAGUUUUCAUCAUUUCCACAGAAGAUUAUCAUCUAUGCUAAAAUUAUAUAAUUAUAUCAAUAGAAAAGGAAUCUUGAGCCAAUUGCCUAAUUGCCAUUGUAGAGUGUAAAUUAAGAAUUUAUGCCUAAAGAAUUGAUGAAUUUCUAUUAUAAAACUCUUAUCAAGAAGUACUUGAAAGAACUUUAAAGAACAAAUAGUAAAUCAAGAAACGCCAAUCAUUACAUUCAUUAUGCAGCUAUUUUAUUUAAAAUUGGAUUGAACAAUUUGUCACUUAAACAAAUUAAUGUUUUGUUAUUUAAUACUAAUUUUAAUAAACAUAGUCGAUCCUUUGCAAAAGACAAUUAGAGCGACUAAAUGAAAUCGCUCAAUACUCUACAUCCUGGAAAUAAAUCCUCAUUUAGUAGAUCAUCAAAAUCUUAGGAAGUAUAAGAGGCAGGAAAUCACUAGAUAAAUAAAACUAACAAGAUGUUAGCAACGACUGGAAAUCACACAUUGACAUUUUAUUAGAAUGUUAGGGUUAUAAUAUUAAGGGAAAAAGUAAGAGAUAGAUUGAAGUAAUCAUUUCAAUACAGAGAAAUAAAUAGUAAUUCUUUUGGAUUAUAAAAUGCCAUUGAAAUGUUCCUUAAAAGUGAGAAGAGAAAUCAAAGUCUGAAAGAUCAAGUUUUGAAUUUAGUGAAUUCUAAAUUAUAAUUUUUCAUCUAAUUACAAUAAGUGAAGCAUAUUAAGUUGUCUUAAUUGUUUAAGGUUUCAAAAGAAUUGUGUUUGAAAGUGGAAAUAUUGGAAAGCAAACUAUUAAAGCUUUACAAAUAUUUUCCAAGUCAGCGAAUUCAAUCCCUUUAUACUUAUUGUUAAGGAGAGAUAUUUGAUAACUAUUUAGAUGCCCAUAAGAUUACUUGUAAUACAUCUAUUUCAGAUGAUAAGUUGAAUAAUUUACACAAUAAUACAGAUGCAGAAUAUACUUUAUUUAAUAAAGGUCUAAUUUAUUUAAAUAUUAGGUUAUUUGAGGAAAACUAAGAGUUAUUAAUUCAAAAUAUAACCCCUAGGGUUUGCUAAUUUUUCUAAAAAACCUAUGAUGACUUUAAACUAAAUAGUUCAAUAGAUUAUUUGAUUCCUUCAGCUAUUAAGAAUGAGCAUUCCCUUUUGGUCUAGCGAUUCUUAUAAACCUCGGUAUCAAGAUUUUACUUAAAAAAGAAUAUGAAUUUUUAUAGAGUUUAAAAUGAGAUAAUAAAACCAUGUGAAUUCUUUUUUGAAGUUAAUUUCAGUGAUAUGACCUAAAUAUCAUUUUUAGCAUUUUUUUAAGAUAAUUUUCAAACAUCAGCCUUUUUAAUGGUUGAUGUAAAUUAUUAAUUAGGAGGAAUAACCUAAAAUCUCUUAGACAAAUUAGGAUACACAAAUUAUUAUUUAGAAAAUAUCCAAUCUCAAUAUUUAAAUCAAGUAAGUAUUGAAUUCUUAAUUCCUAAUUUUAAGUAACUUGUAAAUCAGAAAGAAUAAUUGCAUGUAACUGAAUUUAAGUUCUUAAAUUAAUCUAUUCUAGUCAAUCCUUUAAUUGCAGAAGAAUAAAGAAAUAACGCUAAGAGCAAUUUUAACGAAUGGAAUAACCCAGAUAAUCUGAUUCAUUGUGAAAUUCUAAUAUCAAUCAAUUCCAGAGAAUUAUUUGGAUUUUCAUAUUACAUCAUAGAGAUUAAAGAAAUAAAGACAGAUUUCGUGUACAAAUAGUAAAUUUUAGAUUAGAAUUGCAAUUCCUUUGAUUAAGCUUUUUCUUAUGUUUCCGAUCAGGAAGCAAUAAUAAACUCACCUGUUGCGCUUAAAAUUGAUUAGACAAAAUUCGAGGCUUUUAAUAGGGAUGUAAACUAAUUUAUAGUUUAAGGCGAUAAUGAUAAAUGGCAAUAGUUUUAUCAACCGGAUAUGGCUCAUUAUGAAAUAAAUUUAAUGAGCCCAAUGGAUAUAAGUAUGAAUCCUAUUGCUUUAAAUUCAGCUAAUCCUCUUUUAAAAGUUAGACAACAAGAGUUCUUUAGUUAAGUAGGUGAAUAGCAAGUUGGAGCAAACUCUUUUUCUUCAAAAAACAAUUUUGGUUAAGCCUUCGAUAUGUAAUAAGAGGAAUAAAUUCAUAAACCAUAGCUUAGAGUCAAGGGAGAGGAUACUAAUUCAUCUUCUUAUGCAGGUGCUAAAAAAUCAAGGUUUUUUAAGAAAUAUCAAAUGUAUCAGUAAGUAAUAGCACCACAUAAUCCUAAACAACUAAAAUUACUCAUAAUAUUAUUGAUUUGCUAAUUUAUAAUAGGAAGCAUACAUUUUAUAAUAAUAGUUACAAAAAAUUAAAAUGAUCUGAAUCAAUUCAUUUCUGAAAUUGAUAUGAUAGAAUUGCACAGUAGUUUCAUGGCUCCACAUGAUAUAUUUGUGUCUAUGAGAAUUGCUAUUAUAUCCUACAAUUCUUAUGUAAAUGAAGGGGCGAUCAAUUAAUCUCAAGCCAACACACUUACAAAACCAUUCUAUGAUAAUAUUUAGAUUGGAUACUAGGAAAUUAAAGAAAUCUUCAUCGAAUAGUUAACAAAUUAAAACUUAUAACCCUUUUUCGAAAAUAAAUCAAUCGAUAUGGUUUUCAUGGAUGCUGAUACAAGUGAUAUAUAUACCAAGGCAUUAAAUAUCCGUGAGGCUUUCUAAUAGAUUAUUUAAAAUUUAUAUUAGUAUAAGUAUAGAUAUGAAAACAGAAUGAGCACAUCUGGGAGUGCAAUCCAAGUUUUUGGAGUUGCAAAUCAAUUUUAUCUGCAUGAUUGGUUAGAAAUCCUAACAUUAGAAAUACUAGAAUACUCUAAGUAUCGAAGUGAAUAAAUAACUAAAGAUUGGAGUAUCAUAUGGAUUAUUUUUAUAAUAAUAACAAUACUUCUAACUCUUAGUGAAAUCUAUUACUAUAGAUAAUAUAACCAAAGGUAUGAUAAAUACUUAGGGAUGUUCAAAUUUUGUAAUUAAAAUAAAUUGUAAUAUGAGAUUGAUAGAUACAAGAUAAUACAGAGAUCUUUAUAAAAAAAUCCAGAUUAAAUAUUUCUUUACAACUUUGACUUAAAUCAAAAAGAGUUGUAAUUAAUUACAUAGGCUAAAAUUUAAGAUGCUUUGAGUAGGAAGAACAAAGAUUAAUAAAGAAGUAUUCAAUUCUAAUAUGAAUCAAUAUCUAUUAUUCUUGGAACAUCCUUAAUAAUCGGCAUUUGGAUGAUAUUCUUUGGUUUAAGCAUUAUAAUUUUCUAAGGAUAAAUGAACUAUUUGAAUAAAUACUCUGGUACCGUUGAUAUUUAUAAGUUAAUCUAAGACAUGACAUAUUCAUCAGCUACCUUAUAUUAAAAUAGAGAUUAUCAUUUUAUAUUUGGUAAUUUUACUUAUUUGACUUCAAAGGAUGAGGAAAUUAUCUUUAAUCUAAUAUAUUCUGGAAUUGAUAACAUAGAGAAGUUUAAUAUUUUGUGUACUACUUUUGAUUAGAAUGAAUAUUAGGUAAAUGAUGAUUUUGUUUCAUUUUUCAAUAUAAUACAAAAAGAAUCAGUUUGCGAUAUUCUUACACCAGAGCAAUUGUCUUUUUUGGAAGAUUUUUGCACUAUAUCAAUUUAAGGGAAUUUUUUAAAGGGAGUGAUUGCUGCAUUGAAUUUUAUGAAAAAUCAAAUCAGAACAUAGAUCAUUGUCAACAAUUUUACUAAGCGAUUGGAGCAUCCAUUUUAUGAUAAUGAGGCUGGUAUUAUAAUGGUGAGAGUAUUUUAGUUAAUGACAUAAAAACUAAAAUCAAGUAUGUUGGGUGUAACAACUGACUUGUAAAACAUUUCUUCGGUUUUGUCAACGAUCUAUCUAAUAUUUGCAGUUCUCUCAAUUUUAGUAUUAAUCUUCGGAUUCAAAAGAUAUUUAGAAAUUGAGUAUAACAUUGUAAAGAGAUUCAUCCAAUUGUUACCUACUUCUAUCACUCUUUUAGAAGAUUAAUUUGAGCGUUAUAUGAGAGUGUUAUUAGUAGAAGAAAGUGAAUGA